AUGGCAGGAACCAAGCUGAAGCCUUCCUCUUCUGAGCCAGAAUCUGUGGCGAAAGCAAUCCCACGGAAAACCAAGAAUCCAACUGCAAAUAAUUCUGUCUUGUCAGCUCGGAGGAUGGGAUCUGUUGGCAGUGACCAUGGACAAAGAGUGGAGGUCGAGUUCUAUGUGAAUGAAAAUACCUUCAAGGAACGACUCAAACUCUUCUUCAUCAAAAACCAAAGAUCAAGUUUAAGAAUUCGACUCUUUAACUUCUCCCUGAAGCUGCUCACCUGCCUCUUGUACAUAGUCCGUGUUCUGCUGGAUGAUCCCACAGAAGACAUUGGAUGGUCGCCGAUUCUUUGGGUAAACAGAACUCUACCACUUUGGGCAAUUCAGGUUAUAGUGGCUUUGAUUAGUUUCCUGGAGACUAUGCUUCUCACCUAUCUAAGUUACAAGGGGAACAUCUGGGAGCAGAUAUUUCGAGUAACUUUUAUUCUGGAGAUGAUUAACACAGUUCCUUUCAUUAUCACAAUCUUCUGGCCUCCCUUGAGAAAUCUCUUCAUCCCAGUGUUUCUAAACUGCUGGCUGGCCAAGCACGCACUGGAGAACAUGAUUAACGAUUUGCACAGGGCCAUUCAGAGGACCCAGUCGGCCAUGUUUAACCAAGUCUUGAUAUUGAUUUGCACCCUGCUUUGUCUCGUGUUUACAGGGACAUGUGGCAUCCAGCACCUGGAGAGAGCCGGAAACAAACUCUCGCUUUUCAAGUCUCUCUACUUCUGCAUCGUCACCUUCUCUACCGUGGGAUAUGGCGACGUGACGCCCCAGAUCUGGCCCUCGCAGCUCCUCGUGGUCAUCAUGAUCUGUGUGGCCCUCGUGGUGUUGCCUCUGCAGUUUGAAGAGCUUGUAUACCUGUGGAUGGAGAGGCAGAAAUCUGGUGGUAACUACAGCCGGCACCGGGCACAGACAGAGAAGCAUGUGGUCCUGUGUGUCAGCUCCUUGAAAAUAGACUUGCUGAUGGAUUUCCUCAAUGAAUUCUACGCUCAUCCCAGGCUUCAGGAUUACUAUGUUGUCAUCCUGUGCCCAACAGAGAUGGACCUACAGGUCCGGAGAGUGUUGCAGAUUCCUCUCUGGUCUCAGCGAGUCAUUUACCUGCACGGAUCAGCGCUCAAAGACCAGGAUCUCAUGAGAGCAAAGAUGGAUGACGCUGAAGCCUGUUUCAUCCUCAGUAGCCGCAACGAGGUGGAUCGAACAGCAGCGGAUCAUCAGACCAUCCUGAGGGCUUGGGCUGUGAAGGACUUUGCCCCAAACUGCCCCCUGUAUGUUCAGAUACUGAAGCCUGAAAAUAAAUUCCACGUCAAAUUCGCGGAUCAUGUUGUUUGUGAAGAAGAAUUUAAAUACGCCAUGCUAGCCUUGAAUUGUAUCUGUCCAGCCACCUCCACUCUCAUCACCUUACUGGUUCACACAUCCAGGGGACAGGAAGGCCAGCAGUCUCCAGAACAGUGGCAGAGAAUGUACGGUCGAUGCUCCGGGAACGAGGUCUACCACAUCCGACUGGGCGACAGCAAGUUUUUCAGAGAGUACGAGGGGAAAAGCUUCACCUUUGCCUCCUUCCAUGCCCACAAAAAGUACGGUGUCUGCCUGAUCGGUGCAAAGAGAGAGGACAACAAAAGCAUUCUGCUGAAUCCCGGCCCUCGACACAUCAUGGUGAGCUCGGACACCUGCUUCUACAUCAACAUCACCAAGGAAGAGAACUCGGCGUUCAUCUUCAAAGAGGAAGAGAAGCAGAAGAGGAAGGGCCUCAGUUCCGGGGGCAUCUACAGCGGGCCUUCCCGGCUGCCCGUCCACAGCAUCAUCGCCAGUAUGGGUACUGUUGCGAUGGACCUGCAGAACACAGAGUGCCAGCCGAGCAGAGGUACCACCCUCGCCUUGCCCACGGAGAACGGAGCGGGCAGCAGGCGCCCCAGCAUCGCCCCGGUCCUCGAGAUAGCCGACACGGCUGCCAUCCUGCCCUGUGACCUGCUCAGCGACCACUCAGAGGACGAAGUGAGCCCGUCAGACAGCGAGGGCCCACCUGCUCCUGAGUACGUCAAAGGUUAUCCCCCAAAUUCUCCCUACAUUGGAAGUUCCCCAACGCUGUGCCACCUGCUCCCUGUGAAGGCUCAAUUCUGCUGCAUAAGGUUAAACAAGGGAUGUAAGCACAACAGUUUUGAAGAUGCGAAGGCCUACGGCUUCAAGAACAAACUGAUCAUCGUGUCUGCCGAGACGGCUGGUAACGGGCUCUACAAUUUCAUUGUUCCGCUCCGCGCUUAUUACAGGCCGAGGAAAGAACUGAACCCUGUCGUGCUACUGCUGGAUAACCCGCCAGAUAACCACUUCCUUGAGGCGAUAUCCUGUUUUCCGAUGGUCUAUUAUAUGGUAGGAAAUAUUGACAACCUGGACAAUCUCCUGCAGUGCGGAAUUAUUUACGCUGAUAACCUGGUUGUGGUGGACAAGGAGAGUACAAUGAGCGCAGAAGAGGAUUACAUGGCAGACGCCAAGACCAUUGUCAAUGUGCAGACUAUGUUCAGGUUGUUCCCCAGCCUCAGCAUCAUCACCGAGUUGACGCAUCCAUCAAACAUGAAGUUCAUGCAGUUCAGAGCGAAGGACUGCUACUCCCUCGCUCUCUCCAAAUUGGAAAAGAAGGAGCGCGAGAAUGGCUCCAACCUGGCAUUUAUGUUCCGCCUCCCCUUUGCGGCUGGAAGGGUCUUCAGCAUAAGUAUGUUGGACACCCUGCUCUACCAGUCCUUUGUUAAAGACUACAUGAUUCCCAUUGCCCGCUUGUUACUAGGACUGGACACCACCCCCGGCUCUGGCUACCUUUGCGCAAUGAAGAUCAUCGAGGAAGAUCUGUGGAUCCGGACCUACGGCCGACUCUUCCAGAAACUCUGCUCGUCCAGCGCGGAGAUUCCCAUCGGGAUUUACAGGACGGAGUCGCACAUGUUCUCCACGUCUGAGUCGCAGAUCUCGAUCAAUGUCGAGGAGUGUGAAGAUACAAGAGAAACAAAGGAACCCUGGCCUGGCAAGUACCACAGGAACUCCACCUCGAGUGAUCAGUCAGAGCACCCUCUGCUGAGACGCAAGAGCAUGCAGUGGGCUCGCAGGCUGAGCAGGAAAGGAAACAAGCAGAACAACAAGACGGGAGACAAGACCAACCAGCAGCAACUCAACAUAUACCAGCGAUCAGAGAGGCAAGAGUUGUCUGAACUAGUGAAAAACCGAAUGAAGCAUUUGGGUUUACCUACAAUAGGCUACGAGGAUGUAACAAAUUUAACAGCAAGUGAUGUGAUGAAUCGGGUAAACCUUGGAUAUUUGCAAGAUGAAAUGAAUGAUCAUCAGAAUACAUUAUCGUACGUUCUGAUUAACCCUCCUCCUGAUACACGACUGGAGCUGAAUGACAUAGUGUACCUGAUCCGCUCUGAUCCUUUGGCCAAUGUACAGAACGGUUCACACAGCGACUCAAAUCAGCCGGAUGUUUCCACUGAACAACCCAGGAACGAGACGCAGUUAUGAUCAUUGGGUGUUGCGCACACAGUCUGCAGCCACACACCUUGACUUUAGGAACAUGAGUAGGCCAUUCAAUUAGAUUAUGGCUGAUCUGUACCUCAACUAAUCCUUUCCUUGACUUUACUGAGAAGGAAACGACGCACUUAAACCACCUCCUAAAAUGUCUCCGGCCACCGAGCUCUAGGAAACGUGGGGCAAAGCAUUCGAGGGAAGGCAACUCUGAUUGAUCCUUUCUCACCAUUUCCCCCAGAGAAAAAAAAAGCUGUCCGGUUUCUAAGUUGAAACGCACUCUUCUGUGGGUCAAGCCAUUCCGUCUGUUGUUGGGAAAGCAACGGAUUUUAACAAAACUUGAAGCACUUGAAAUGUGUCAGGAAUACAAAUGUUAUUUAAUCGAUAAUGCGUACCUUCAGGACGCACCAUAGGGCCUGUUUUGCACUGUUUUGUACUACGCAGGGCACAAGCGUGUAUUUUAUUAGCUGUGAAAAUGUAAUUCUAUUUUAAUUGCGAGUGGCGCCGGGGAGAAUCGUUGCAGUGUGGGCAACAGACCAUUACUGGGAACCUGAUGCUGACCGAGACUCUAGCACUUGCAUGUGUUCUGCUUAAUAGCAUCGAUCUGUCUGCUCACCAGGUGGCUUAGUCACUGUGCCAACAAUUUCCCCAACUAUCUGGGAAUACCUGAAGCUUUACUUGGAGGAAGAAAUACAAUUCCUCUCUUCCUUGGUGAUUGAGAGAGGAAAAAAAAAACUAAAGGAGAUUUUUUUUUGGAUCCGUGGGACUUGAGUCAAAGCCAUUGCAGGUAGACUGACUGUCUGAGGUGCUGCAUCCAUGCUCCUACUCAGUGCGAAGUGCCACCUUCCUCUUUAUCCAAGCACCAGAUACCAAGCUCACCCAAAACAACACUGUCAACUUUGAAUUUUGCAGCCCAGUUGUCUUACAGCAGCCCCUUCCCUUCCCCAAUGAUCAAUGUGAAAUGUU